UUUAAGGUUACUGGUCGUUUACUUUCGAUAUUAACCGAUUUGGACCUGAUAGCUGAAGCAUACUGAUUUUGGUGCUUGCAACUAAAUCAACAAAAAUGAGGGAAGUCAUAACUUUCGCCCUGUUCUGUGUGCUGUACGCCACUGUCCAAGCUAAAACAUCCAGUCCCAAGGUUCAGGUGUACAGCCAUUUUCCUGGAGAGUAUGGAAAGGAGAACACCCUAAUCUGCCACGUGAGUGGCUUCCACCCUCCAGAUAUCACCAUUGACCUGCUGAAGGAUGGCGAAGUUCUUCCUAAUACGCAGCAAACUGACCUGGCCUUCGAAAAGGGCUGGCAGUUUCACCUUACCAAGAGCGUCUCCUUCAAACCAGAGAGAGGAGAAAACUAUAUCUGCAGAGUUCGACACAUGAGCAGCACAAAUAGCUAUUCUUGGGAGCCCAACAUGUAAACUAAAACAGUCAAAGCCGGACAAAGGACAGUUAACUUCUCAUGUUUUGGCCUUUUCCAUCAUUUAUGCUGCAGAAACCAUAAUAUCCUACUGUUCCAAUUUUACAAACCCAAUGUCUCUCAAGAUGCACUAUUCACACAAAUAUCUUUGCAACUUCCGCAAUUCAUCGAUUUUUAGCUUUUCCUUGAGUUGACUUUCUUUUUUUCCAUGAGAGUAUGGCAUAAUUUAACCAAAGUAGCCGCUACAUGUUUUGGAUCAUUAUCUGGGUUCCUUUCACUGAGUCAAUCCUCUCUGCAAUUCUGUGUAGUACGAGCAGUAGUAGUUAGGCGAUUGUAUAUGUAAAAUAAUUGACAAUGUUUAUGCCUAUCUUUGGGCUUUAUUUUGUAAUUAAAUAGAAAUAACACAAUAAAUUCUCUCUUGAAAGAGCUGGAAACCAAGUUUUUAAUGAAUGAUUCAAUUUGACAAUGUUUCAGAGAAAAUGUAAUUAAUAAGUGGUAAAAAUAAAAUUUUGAAAACCUA